AUGUCCAUUUUGGGAUAUGUUCCUGCUUUAGUUGUAUAACAUCUUAUGAAUCUAAAAAUGAAUAAAUUAUUGAGAAAAUUACCAGAAAAGUAGAGAAUAAAAAGUGUUGUAAUGUUUGCAGAUAUAUCUGGAUUUACAAGAUUGACAGAAUUAUUAAGUUAAUUGGGGACAGAAGGAGCAGAAAGAAUAGCAUUUGCAAUAAAUAGAUAUAUGGAAUUAUUAGUUUAAGGUAUUGGAAGAAGUGGUGGUGAUAUUUUCAAAUUUGCUGGAGGUAUAAAAGUAUUAUAUAUUUAUAGAUGCAAUGAUUGUUAUUUGGCCUCCUCCUCCUAAUGAUUAAAAUUUUUAAUAAAAUUUAGAAACCUUAUUAAAAUAAGCUAUAUAAUCAGCAUUGUUAAUAUAAGAAAAAUUAACAAAAGCUUAGAUAGAAUAAGGGAUUUAAUUGAGUGUGAAGAUUGGUUUUGGAGUAGGAGAAAUGAAUAUAAUUCAUGUUGGAGGUGUAUUCAAUAGAAUGGAAUAUUUGGCUACAGGAGAUCCUUUAAUUUAAGCUUUUCAUUCAGAACAUUGUUUAACUGAAGGUGGGAAGAUCAUCAUCUCUUAAUAAAUUUAUGAUAUGAUUCACAAUUUUUUUGAAUGUUAAAAAGUAGUUGAUCAUGAGGGACAUUAUGAAGUUAUUAAACUAUAAUAAGCAAAAGUUAAAAUGAAGGCUGAUGCACUUUUAAUUAAAAAUAACAUAACUUUAUCAUAAUUUUAAAUGAUUAGAAAUGAAAUUUAAUCUUAUAUUCCUGCAGCUCUUUUGCCAUAUAUUGACAUUAAUGAAGAAGCUUGGAGUGCUGAAUUAAGAAGAUUAUCAAUCAUGUUUGUUAAUUUAAAAAUGGAUCUAAAUUCUGCUAAAAAUGCAUAAGGAUUGGAAUAAAUUUAAAGAGUCAUUAAAACUGUAUAAAAAUGUAUUUAUAUGCAUGAAGGAUCAUUAAAUAAACUUUUAAUGGAUGAUAAGGGUUCAACUUUAAUUGUUGUUUUUGGACUUCCUCCACUAAGUCACUAAAAUGAUCCUGUUAGAGCUAUUUUAACAGCCUAAUUAAUGAAUAAAGAACUUCCAAAAAUCAAUUGUGGAUGUUCUAUAGGAAUUGUUACAGGUACUGUAUUCGCAGGAGUAGUGGGUACAAGUGGAUCAAGAAGAGAAUAUUCAGUUCUUGGUGAUUCUGUAAAUCUUGCAGCUAGAUUAAUGUAAGCAGCUUGUUCAGAAACAACUCAUAAAAUUCUUUUAUGUUUAGAGACUGCUAAAAGUGCAGGUAAUUGUAUAAGUACAGCUUUUUUGAGAUAAACAUAGGUUAAAGGAAAAAAUGCACCUGUUCAUAUAUAUGUUCCAUUAGAUAAACCAGUAGAACCUACUCAAGGUAAUUUAUUACCUAAUUUUAAAACUCAUAAUUAUGCAUAUGGAUUUGCAAAAAAGUCAGAUUUUAUUGCUAUUUAAUUAUAUGGUAGAGAAGAUCAACAUAAAAAAUUAUUGAAUUAAAUUGAUAAGGUUAUUAGAGGAGUUGAUAAGAAAAGUUUAAUAAUUUUGAAAGGAACUUAUGGAAGUGGAAAGAGUAUUUUGGCUAAAAAGGUUUUACAUAGAAUUCAAGAAAAAAUCAAUUCUAAUUAGUAUAGUCCAUGGAAAUAUGGGGAAUAUCCUCAUAUACUCUUUUAGUAAUUAGAUCCUAUAACAAGAACAUUUAAAUUAAAUGGAUUAAGAAGUAUUUUAAAAUAAAUUUUUAUAUUAUAUGCCAAAAGAGUUGAAAAGCCUCCAAAUAUGGACUUAUUUAAUAUGAUGAUAGAUGCUAAAAUACAUCCACCUAAUUUAGUUUAAAUGUUAUAGGAGAUUGUUGGUUUAAAUGAUAAUAGACAUUUGGAAAAGUUUCCAUAAAGAUAAUAAGAAGAAGAUAAAGAAAAUGAUAUGAAAAGAAUAAUUUUUCAAUUUUUAAGCAACUUCUUUGAAUAAAUUCCUAAUAAAUUAUCUGAAUUAUAUGAAGGAAGAUCUCCUGAAUAAAUUGGAUGGGAUAUUAUGAAAUCAUCUGUUUAAAGAUAAAUUAAUUAUUCUAUUAAAUAUACUAAUAUAAUUGCUCCAGUUGUUUUAUGUUUAGAUGAUAUUUAAAAUUAUGAUUAAAUAUCAUUUAAAAUACUUAGAUUAAUGAUAAAAACUUAUGAUAGACUAACAAUUUUAGCUUUAUAUAGAGAUUCCUUUUAAGAAAUGAUUAUUCAACCAAAAGUUGCAGAAAAAAAGAAAUCCUAAGAAGAUAUUGCUAUAGAAGGUAUAACAGCUUUAGAGGAUAAAAUGGAUGGAAAUCCUUUUAUUUUAAUGUAAUUAAGAGGAAUUGAAAGAAAAGGAGGAAAUGAUGAUGAAUUUGCUAAAAUGAUUAGAUUCUCUUUCAAUAUUUAAAAAUUUAUGCCAGAAUAAGAAUUUUCAUAAUCAAUUGGUGAAAGUGGUAUUAGAAAAAGAAUUACUUCAUCAAUUCAUGAUGUUAUUAUUUAAGAGACUUAAUCUAAAGAAAUUAAUAAUUAAUUUCUCUUUUGUGAAAACAAAUCAAAAUUAAUAAAGACUGAUGUGGAAUUACUUUUUAUGUAAUGGAUUUACAUGAAAACAAGUGGUAAUCCUUUAAUGGUUUUAAAUUUUGUUUAAAAUCUAAUUGACUUAGAUUUAAUAAGAUUGAGUCCAAAAUAUGCAACUAUAACAAAUGAAUUAGUUAAUUUAAUUAAUUAUGAAGAGAGUAUUAUAGUAGAUGCUCCAUAUUGUAGAAUUGAAGUAAAUGGUCCUAUCAUAGAUAAAUUAUCCUGUUUAGAACAACUAUUAUUGAAAUCAGCAAGUGUUAUUGGAGACAUUUUUGAUAUUCAAUUAUUAAAUAAAAUAAAUCCAUUUAAAAAUGCUGUUGGAAAUAAAUUACAAAAAUAUUUAGAUGAAUUAGAAGCUAAAGAGGUUAUUGAAGUAAUGGAAGUAAGAGAAUAAAAUAUAUUUUAUCGUUUUACUUGUCCAUUCAUGAGAGAUUGUCUGUAUUAAAGAAUUACAUUUAAAUAAAGAAGAUAGUUACAUAAAGCUGCAGCUGAAGCUAUUUAAUAGUUACCUUUACCUUUUGAAACUGAAGAAUUGAUAGAAUGUAAAAAAUUAUAAUUUUAAUGGUUGAUGGCAGAAUCUAAUGUUAAUUAAUAAAUCAAUUUUGAAAAUAAUAAUGAAAACAAAUCAAAUUCAAAACCAAAUUUUUUAAUUAAUCUUAUCAAUCCUAAAUGUUCUUAAGAUACUUAAAGAUUUUAGAAUAUGUCUAGUAAAGCACUUAAAUCAAUUAUAUUAAAAUAAAUUGGAAAUAAAUUUAAUAGAUCUUAAAAUCAUGCAAAUAUUAUUUUGAGAGAAGGUGUUUUAAUUAAGAAAUCUUAAAAUCGAGUAUCUUCGGUACCUAGAUACGUGAUUCUCGAUGGAAAAGAACUUAAAUUAUAUUAAAAUAGAUCAGACUCACUUAAUAGUGAAUUACCCUUAUGUUCAAUUCCAUUAAAAAGUAUAUAUUAAGUGAUAGCUUUGGAAAAUGAAAAGAAUUUUACUUUGUAAAUAUGUUCAACUUAUUGGUACAAGAAAUUAAGAGAAAUGGGAGACAGAAAAUUUUUAUUUGAUGCUAAAGAUAAUGAAGAUUUAUAAUUAUGGACUAUUUAUUUAGAAUUUGCUAAAGCUCUUGCUAUAUAUGAAGAUUUUACUAAUAAUUAUGGUAAAAUUUGUUUUCCUUUAUCUAACCAAUAUGAAUAUUAUGAUUCAUAAUUUAAAUAUGACGUUAAAAUAGAAGUAUAUAUAUUAAUAGUAAAAGAAUAAUAAAUCCCUUAGAGGAAUAUAAAUUGAAAAAACUUAAAAAUGUAAUAAGGAAUCAGUAAUCUAUAGAAAUAGUAGACAUUCCAAAUUUACAGUGUCAAGCAAACAAUUUAAGUUUAUGGAGAAGAAUUAAACAGAUGAAUUAUAAAUAUAGAAUUCUUAAGUUGUAGAUAUGUAAUUAUUAAAGGAGAGAGUUAAUUUAUUUUUAUAAAAAAGGUAUAUUUAUAAGUUUAAUUUAGUAUUUUAUUAUUAUUUUCUCAUAUGUUUGAGUAAUCUAUUCAAAAAGUAGAUGAUUUUAAAAUUUUAGGAAAUACAAGCAUAGCAAUGAGAAAAUUGAAUAAUGUUUUUAAAAUUGAUAAAUCACUUAUAAGUGAAUAAAAUAAAAAAUCAAGUGCUUUUUUGUAAUAAUAAUAAAUAAUCAAUGAAGAAAAGUAAGAAUAAAAAUUAUAGGAUAAUUGGGAAUUAGUUAUUUAGAAAGUGGAAAUAGAUAAUGAUUUAGUAAUUAAUUAAAAUUAGAAUUUAAUAUUAGAAGAGAAAAUAUAGAAAACAGAUUUGAUUUUUGAUUUAGAUAGGUAGAAUUCUUAAGAAAAUAAUUAUGAGAUUGAAAAUUAUGAUUAGACACCAAAAUUAAAUUUGUAAAGGAAAUCAUUUAAAAAUAUAAAGGAAAAUAUAGAGGAAGAAUAGUUAGAUAAUUUUUAAUUAGAUGGUAUUGAUAUAAAUAAUAUAAAUUAGAGAGUGCAUUAAAGAAAUAAUAACAUUUAAGAAUCUAAAGAUUAUAAAAUUUUAAAUGUUCUUUUGGUAAUGAUUCCUUUUAAAAAAUGCAUUCAGAAAGUAUGUUGAGAUCUUCUCCUUUGAUUAAAUAAGAAGAUACCUUAACUGAAGUUUUAGCGACUUAAUCUUAAACAGAGAAUUCAAAAAGAGAAUCUACAGAUAAUUAUUAAUCAUCUCAAUAAGCUCCUUAGUUAUUAACUAAAAUAUCAGAAAAAGAAUCAAUUACAGAUGCAUCAUGUUAAGUUAGUAGACAUUUAUCUACUUGUUAAGUUGAUAAAAUAAUACCAGUAAGUAAUAAUUGUAGAUCAAGAUAAGUUAGUAAUAUUAAUACUUAAUAAAAUAAAUCACCUGCUCAUACUUAGAAAUCUUUAACACCAACUAAUUAAUCAUAAAAAAAUGCAUAAUUUAAUAUAUUAGAUGAUUGUAAAUCUAAAAUUAAACGAGAUUCAUAAAUAUCUUCUUAAAUGAAUUCUGCUAGAAAUAAACCAGCACAUUUACUUACAAAUUAUAUCAAUUCUUAAAAGAAUUUAUCAAAAGAAAUCAAAUAAAAUCCUUUUGUUUAUGGUACAGCUAUUAAUAAUUGUAAACCAAUUACAGGUGACAACUUUAUUCUCAAACCUGGCUAUAAAGUAAUAGUCUAAAAGAUUGAUAAGAAAACUUAAUUAAUAGAAUGUUUCUAUGAAAAUCUAGUUGGAAUUUUUAGAUUAAGAGAUAUAGCUGUUAUUGAAGGUAUUUACUAUUAUUAUAUUCAAUUAAGAUCCUUAAAUUGAACAAAAAAUAGAUAUUUCAUAAUCAAUAUAAGCUAAGCAAUCAAGUAAAAGCCCAUUAAAACAAUAACCACAUACUACCAGACCAAAAAUGUUCCUAACUCCUACUAAAAAAAAUUGA